ACCUCAUCUUCUUCAAGUAUCAAAACCUCUUCAAGUCCAGUCACGUCCUGGCGGACAUACCUUACUGCAUCGUUUUCUUUUGAAUCAGCUUUGUUUUUUCUGUUCAACCCCCAAGUUGUUGUGUCAAAUUACCCCUUAUCCCAAACCCUCUUUUGCAGCAUGGACUUUAGAUAUUUCCCCACACACCAUUCUCCUCAAAGCCCUACAUUCUUUUUCCCCUUGUCUUUUUCCCAAUUUACAGGCCCCUGACAUUUUACACUGUACUGCCCAAUACUUCCCUAUAGAAGUAGACACCACCUGGCUAGAAUCUUUCCUUACUUCUGGUACUUGCCCCGAAACCCUUCACAUCUACUGUGUUUUUAUUUCAUCCACAAAGGCAGCUGCUUCUGUUCAUCUUACAUGCUCACAGCACAUAUAUUAUCUUGGCGGCAUAGUGCCUCAUUUUUCCUUAGCUAAAUCACACACUGUUAAUGGGAGAAAAUAGGGCCAUGGGUGGAAAAAUGCCUUGAAAGAACAGACUGGUUACAAGUUACUCCAGGUAUUUUUGAUACUCCUGACCAUUUAAUAACUAAAGUAGUGUUUCAAAGGAUAGCCCACUGUGAGCCUCUGGUGAUCCACCCGAAGUCCUCCUUCCGCCCGCACCGUGCCCAAUAUCCUUUGUCUCCCGAAGCAGAGGCUGGCAUCUCCGCCGUACAUCCCGAUCUCGUCAAACGCGGUACCGCCGAUGGACAUGGACCGUCAUGCCUCAGGGAUACAGAGAAGCCCUUUUGUGUUUAUGGUUAAGCUCUUGCCCAAAAAAAAAAAAAAUUUAGAAGGCUUUUGGCCGGACGGGAUACAGUAUGUAGAUAGAAGGCUUUUGGCCGGACGGGAUACAGUAGCGCUACAGAAGAAAAAAAAAAAAAAAAAAAAUUGUACAAUGAAUACCCAGAAAUUGUUGCUGUUUUUGGGGGACAAUGGCCAUAAAGUUUCUAAAAGUUAAGCUGCAGCUAAUCAAAACAACUGUAAAAUCGCAUUACAGCCACUGCAGACAGUGGGUUCUAAAUUUUACUGAAAGAGCACAGCCGUUGCAACAACUGGCUGAGAAGGCUCUGUAACCUCAAAACUACUCUUUUAUCUGCGCCCGCGCUAGGUUUGCCUGAUCAUUCUCGUCCAUUCACUUUGUUCGUGGACGAAAAGCAGGGAUUUAUGAAUUCAGUACUGACGCAACAACAUGGAGAUAAACAAAGACCGGUGACUUAUUUUUUCUAAAACAAAACUGGAUCCAGUGGCCGCAGCAUUUCCUCCGUGUCUUCGUGCUGUGGCUGCAACAACAGAAGCUGUAUUAGCAAGCACGGAUGUAGUUCUCAUGAAAUUUCUUCUGUCCUUUUCUUUUUUCUUGUGAGUUAAUAUUCUCUGUGACUGUAGCCUUUUUUCUGGGAAUGCGGUUUUGCUGUGGUAUCGUACCGUGUGGUUUCUCGAUAGUUGGAUUUGUCCUUGUUGUCGUAAUUGGAUCGCCACGGAAGUUUUUCUUCCUUGAUUGUCGCUGACUCAGUUCGCCAACGAAGUCUCCUUGAUCUGGAAACCGGCGCCGUUUAGCUGAGCAGGAUUGUGUUAACACCAGCUAACAUCAUGAGAGGCUGUUUUAUGUUUGUUUGUCCUGAAGAGUUGAACUUGCUUUUCUUCAGAGUCCAUUCGUUUCUGUUUCCUUUGCUGCAUUGUUUCCAAAUAUAGUGUAAAUAUAGAAUAAUACUGGGGUGAAGUGUGUUGAAAAUGCUUUGGGUGAUUUUGUAUGUUAUAGAGUGUAUUAAAAGGGAUCCCUAUGAGUAUCAGAAUGUACUCUGUACUUUGUCAAAUGCUACAAUUGAAAAAUGGAGCGCCCUCAACCAGUUACGCAGUGGUCCAAGGGGACCGCCUGCUGGAAGCAAAUCAAAUUUCAUAAAGCUAAGUGCACAAAACAGCUGAACUCGUAGCACUCACUUAAGCAUGUCAGCUGUCCGAAGGGAAGAUCGUAACAAUUUAUACAGAUUCCAGUCUUGCAGGUUUGCGAACCUCGUUGAAGGAAAUCCACCAGCAGGUUGAUCAAGCCUGGAGGACCAGCCCCCUUUCCAAGGAUUUACCAAUUCGUUUGGGCACCUGGAUCCUGGUUCGAGAUACUCGGAGGAAACACUGGCAUCAGCCUAGGUGGAGAGGACCAUUCCAAAUUCUUCUAUCCACACCACACGCCGUGAAAGUUGAGGGACUGCCUGCCUGGAUUCACGCCUCACAUUGCAAGAGAUGGCACCCUUGAUUGCUGUGCUACUAUGUUUUUCUUUUCCCUUGUCUACUGCCCUGGUCACCUUGACUUUCCCGUUGGGAAUCACCACAUCAGUGCAGUUUGAUUUCUGCUCUAUUAUCAACUGUGGGACUGGUCGACAAGCCCAGUGGACCGGAUCUGACAAAUACGUGUGUAUGAGGGGAAGUGACUGCGACAACUGGCAAUGGGUUUUUGCUAACACUGGAACUGAGGACUGGGGUUAUCAACCUUUUGAGGCCCAAAAAUACGGUUUGAAAAAUCGGUUUUCUAUCAUAAAAGGACAUGCCUCUCAUUGUAUGUGCUGACAACCAUUGUAACUCAGGUAUUUAUGUAUUAGGGGUAUAUGUAUCUGGAACAGACCCUUUAGGGAGAUUUCUAAUUAAGAUUGACAAUCCUGUUACUAACACCCCUCAUUCUCUGGCACACACACCCAUCUCCCCAACUUUUGGUUCAGAUUUUUCUCCUGUUAGGAUUAUGAAUAUUUCUACCCUUUCAUCCACUUUUUCAUUUGUCACCUUUCCCCCUAAUUGGUCUGGUACCUGUGCUCCAAUCCAAUUAGUUAUGCCUUUUAGACUUCUAUGCCUUUUAGACUUCUAUCCUUACCUCCCUCUCACUCCCCAUAUUAUUCCACACCUCCUUUUUUAUUUCCGACAUACCCGCUCCCUUUUCCAUACGCCUACUGAUAUCUCCUUACAUGGCCCUGGAGUAUACAUAGAUGCUAUUGGAGUCCCUAGGGGUGUCCCAGACAGAUUUAAAGCUAGGAAUCAAGUCGCAGCCGGUUUUGAAUCUAUCAUACCCCAAAUUACUAUUAAUAAGAAUGUAGACUGGAUUAAUUAUAACCAACAACGUUUCCUUAACUUCACCAAAGACGCUAUUGAAGGUAUACAUGAACAGCUUGAUCGUACUUCUCUGAUGACUUGGCAAAAUCGUCUAGCCUUGGACAUGUUACUUGCCGAAAAGGGAGGUGUUUGUGCUAUGUUUGGUGAUGCUUGUUGUACAUAUAUUCCAAAUAAUACCGCGCCAGAUGGAUCAAUAACUCGUGCAUUGCCAGGCCUCACUGCUCUCUCUAAAGAACUUUCCACUAAUUCUGGCAUUACAAAUCCCUGGGAUCAGUGGUUUGCAUCCUCCUUUGGGUCCUGGGGACAAUGGAUAAGAUCUGUUUUCAUUUCUUUGGUUGUGACAUUUUGUCUCCUCCUCCUGGUUGGUUGUUGUAUUAUCCCUUUGUUUCGCUAUAUAAUAUCUAAGUACUUUACCGCCUCUAUGGAAAGGGCAUAUGUGCUACAUGAUGAGCGCAUGUCUCGUAUAGCUUCUUCCAUUUUCUCUCCCCUUUCCCUUUCAUCAACCAUUUCAAAAUAGAAUUUAUAGGCCCACAUCAUUUUUGUUCAAAAAGGGAGGAGUGUGGAAACAAAAAAAGAUGUAAUUGAACAAAAUGUAUGUGUGUAUAGAAAAUAGGACAGAGUGAUGAAACUUGUUUGUGUUUGGCGUGCGUGACAAAAAGCAUGUAUACUUUCUGGAAGUUUCUUUUGAUGAUGUGUGUGACAAGAAAAUAUACCUUUAGGGUAAUGACUUUACAAAAACUGGAAAAGUACAAUGAGUCAGGAUGCUAUUUUUUGCUUACAUGGUCAACGAUCAGGAGAUUAGAAAGGUAUAAAAGA